AUGCUAGAUGAGAAUCUGCCGACAUUUGUCCUCAAACCCUCCAAAGACAAACCGAAGCAGUUAUCCACCUUUCUCUUUUCUCAGCAUGGAGCUGAGUACGAGCCUUCUUACACGGUACGACAUCUAGACCCAGACCAACACGCUUCGAGAAACCGAUAUGCGGCAGCACUUUACGACGCCUUUAGCCCCGAAGUUCUGUAUGCCGAAGUCCUACUCAUCCCAGAAUGGACACAACCCCCUCCACUUUCUGAGCAAGCCAGGUUGAACGGUGCAAUCCCACCCCCUCCCGAACCUAUCCUCCCGUCCGAGUUCAUCAUCCAGCUUUACAAUCCGGACCAACAGAUUGUGGUAAGGCACAAGGCUGCAAGUUUCAACAGAUCUGCGUCAUGGACAUUUGAGAUGCCACAACAGACCUUCCGAGCUCCAUCCGGGUCCGCGCUUGAUCGUACACAAUACGACCCAGCCGCUUCAGAAAUCACGCCCAAAAUUGUCUUCAAGUGGAAGAAGGACAGCAAAUUUUCCAAAGAUUUGGCAUGUUUCAUGUCUGGUAAGAGUACGGAUAUAGAAGGAAAAGGGAAACACAGAGAUCCAGAUAUCACCGUGUCGAUAUUCAAGUCUCUAAAAGAGUUGACCUUGUACGAGCCAAAUUUACAGAGAGUGGACAUCGAGGACAUGAAAGGGUUUGAGGUGGUCCUCCUGCUUGGGGCCGUGGUGAUUCGUGACGUUUAUUUUGGUACGUUAAAGGAGACCUUUAAUCUCUCUGCCGGCAAGAAAUCCAACCCGGCUAGUCCAAGUACUGGAACUGCAAUCCUACAAUCCGAAGCCACACCUCAGCCAGUCUCCCUCUCCCAGGACCCGCGGGUGCCACCCACAGAUCCGCGGGCGCAGUGGGAGAUCGACGCAGAGUCUGCUCGGUUGCGGAGGCAAGCGCUAGAGGAAGAGAGAGAGAGGCGAUGCCGAGAAGAGGAGGAGGAGCGAUUGACCAGGCAGCUGCUGGAACGGGAGGAGAAAGAACAGCGAAGGAAAAAGCAGGCAGAAGUUCAACAGGAGACUGAGUGGCUCAAGCAGAUGUAUGGACGGGAAGAUGCAUCUGCUCGUCCAGAUCUUCCUCCCCGAGAUCCGCGACAGCAAAGGCACCAGUCCGAAGCGGGACAAUCAGCCUAUAUUCACACGCAACAAGGACAAUAUCCCGCGGCACCAUACGGUUGGGGGGGUUAUCCGCCAGGCCCGUACAUGGCAGGAGCUGCUUCCCAGUCAAGCUUUCUCACGCCCGUGCCUGCCCACCAGCCGCAAAUCAAAUCAAAAUCAAGUAUUUUCAAUUUCCGGCGUCGGAGUGAUCAGGACGCAAACAAGUUGCAGAGAAAGCGAAGUGCCGUGUUUUGA